UUGCGAAAACAUCCAGCCUCCAGGGCUAUUUGGAGAAAAAAAAAAAAAAAUCAUUCCACUUUUUCUUUCUUUUUUUCUUUUUUAUCUUUACUCAACGGAAAAAUGUCUACUGCAUCAAGAAGAAGGUGUAGCGGAUCGGUGCUGAGAUCCAUCUCGCCGUCGGCAAGGUUCCAGACUGCGCAGACUAAUGGAGCCUCGUCAGCUUCGUUUGCUUCUUCGACAAGCGCCAGCUUCUAUUCUCCGCCGUCGACAUUCUUUGCUCAUCACCAGCCACAUCAUCGAUCUUCUUCCCCCACUCGUGUCAAUCUGUAUACGUCUCCUCUUACGCCUUCCUUUAGUUUCUCUAUCAAUAACAGAUCUGUCUCUCCGAAUCGGUCCAUAACUGUUUCGAAGCGGAGGAAUAACUCGAUCUCGGCCCCAAAGAAGACAUGUAUGUGCUCCCCAACGACGCAUCCAGGGUCGUUUCGCUGCAGUCUGCACAAAAAUAGCGGGAACCACCACGGUAGCGGUUCUGGUUCGUUUCCAUCGAAUCGAUUGAACAUGAGGCGAUCGGCGAUGACGAAUUCCUUGGUGCGAAUCGGAGGUGUUGAAGGAGAGUGGGUGAAGCGAGCGCUGACGGCACUGAUUCGGCCGUCUUCGCAUCAACAGAGGAGGAGAGCAGCGUUCCAGCCGAGGCCCAGCAGGCUCUCUGUAAUGGCCAAAGCGGAUGAUCUUUAAUCUGAUUGUGUUUUUGCAGGUUGUUUUUUGCUUUCUUAAUUCUGAUCUCAGAUACAAGCGCGAGGAGCUGAUUCUACUUGUGCGAGUUGACUCGGUGAGUCGACUCAUUCUUCUAUAUGCUUUGCCCCUUCGAUUUGGUCGAAUCUGAGGUGGAGCAGAGUCGCGUUGAGCGAGUUCGUGAACCGUGGCAGGUCUGAGUCAGCCCGGGCGAGUUUUGUAUUCGGAGAUCUCGAAAAUCAUAGGGAUCUGGAAGAGAAAUUGAUUUGUACAUCUCAUUAGCUAUGGAAGGAGUUUUUCGGACUUUAAAAUCCAUUAAUAACAUUAAAAAUGACAUCCAAUUCCCCUUAAAAUCCUGAUUAAUUAGGCAUUAAACUCGACAUAAAAUUUGCCUGGAGACUGGUUAGGCAUUUGGAUGAUAUGAGUUAUGAGUGUUGUGUUCAGUCCAUCCAGAAAUAUCAUGUACGCCGUUGACAUCUACGUUAUGUGUGGCCGGUCCCGUUGGCCGUAACUCUUUGCCGUCGACUCGUCUUACGUUCCGUUGGCCGUACCGUCACGUUGGUCUCGUCUGACUCGCGUUUUUUGUCUCCAAGUUAUUAUUAGGUAUGAAUGAGGCUCUCGGGUGCUAGGUACCCUCCGGAUUAAAUUUUUGGGAUACUU